UGUGUGUGUGUGUGUGUGGGUGCGUGUGUGUGUGAGGAAAACACCAGUGAAACCUGGAGCAUCUUCACCCAAGACCUGAGACCUGAGACCAGGAUCCAGCCCACGAGCCAUGCUGAAGACCUGCUGAGCACCAUGACCCAGAAUCCCGGCGCCGACGAACACCAUCCAGCUAAAGGGCGGAGGGAUGGCAUGGUGUCCACCAACGAGAACCGGCGCCGGCCGCUGUCGUCCAGCGAGGUGGAGGGCGUGUCGUGGCAGGGCCCACGCACCGUCUUCCUCCAGAAGAACUCGCAGGGCUUCGGCUUCACUCUGCGCCACUUCAUCGUCUACCCGCCGGAGUCGUCGCUGCACAGCCUCAAGGAUGAAGAAAACGGAAAUGCAGCUGGAAAAGCAGGUGGGCGGCGGUCUCGAUUGGAGCCGAUGGACACCAUCUUUGUGAAGAGCGUGAAGGAGCAGGGCCCCGCCCAGCAAGCUGGACUGUGUACAGGGGACCGGCUGGUGAAGGUGAACGGGGAGAGCAUCCUGGGGAAAACCUACUCUCAGGUGAUCGCACUGAUCCAGAACAGUCAAAACAUUCUGGAGCUUUCUAUAAUGCCAAAGGACGAGGAUGUGUUGCAGUUGGUAAGUGCGUACUCCCAGGACGCCUACCUGAAGGGCAACGAGCCGUACAGCGGCGGAGCGCAGCACCUCCCCGAGCCCCCGUCCCUCUGCUACUCCUCCCCCAGGGCCAGCCCCGCCCCCACACCCCCCGGCCACGCCCCCCAAAGCCCCCCGGACAACUGGCAGUGCCGAACGAGCCCCGCCGCCCCGCCCCUGGACAACCGGCCCGCCGGAGGCCCGGAGGCCGGGCGGUACCGCCUCCGGUCCUCGUCGGCCCUCAGCGCGCUGGAUUUCCACUUUGCCAACCACAACGCCGCCAUCGCCUCCGCCACGCUGCCCCCGCCGCGGAAGAGCAGCCUGCCGGCGUCGGCCCGCGCCCACAGCGACGCCCUGUGCCACCAGGCGCUGUCGGACUGGUACUACAGCCAGGCGGAGGCCGCCGAGCGCAUGUCCCCCCGGCACCGCAGCGUCUCGCAGGACCGCCUGGCGGAGCUGGGGCUGGGGCUGGCGCUGGGUCCGGGCCCGGGACCCCCGGCGGCCUCGGCGACCGCGGAGCAGCGCAGGAGAGAGGCGCUGCUGUACCACCACCACACCGCCGCCGCCCAGGACUCGUACUGGCUCAGGGGCUGGGGCGGCGUUUCGGGCCCGGGCAGCCGCUCGUGCUCGGAGAGCCUGCUGGCGGCCUACGCAGAAUACGAGCACAACUACGGCCGCUCGGUGGAGACGCUGGCCCAGGCCUCGGCCCUGGUCUCCCCGCACUACGAGUUCUCCUCGCAGAGCCCACAGACCAUCAGGGUGACGGAGCAGAAGGCUCCGUGUGGGCCUCAGCAGCAGACGUCCCCCCCCACGGCGCCCCCCGGCGGCCGGCAGCCGGGCCAGCAGGUAGCCGAGCCUCAGACGAGGCGGGUCAAGGAGGACCAGCACGGGGGCCCCGCCUUCUCCCGCAAGGCCGGACACCUCCUGCACCAGGCCCACUCCUUCAGAGAGCCCGGCGGCGGGGCGGGCCGGGAGGUGGUGCCCCGCCCCCAGUCCACCCCCGCCCUGUCUGUAUCGGAGGAGGACCCGGACCUGCUGUCCCCCGUGUCCCUCCACCAAGAGGUGGUCCUGAGGCAGAAGCCCCCCCCGGGCCGCAGGACUUUGGCUCAGACCCCGCGGCGUCCCGUGGACUCCCCGGAGCCCCCCGGCCCCGCGGCGUCCCCCAGCCCGGCGGCGUCCCCCGUCCCCCCGGGGCCCGGCUCCACCCGCAGAGCCAACGGUAGCCUGGUGCAGCACGCCUUCGACUCCCUGUCCUCCAUCCCCUUCAUAGAUGAAGCCACCAGUCCCACUGCAGAGCAUCCGGUCUCCACUGACACCACCUCUGUCACCCCCACCCUGUCCUCCAUCUCCCCCUCUGUCCGGCUUCGCUCUAAGGACUGCAGCAGUAUCAAAGGCCGCCGCUCCUCCUACCUGCUGGCCAUCACCACCGAGCGCUCCAAGUCGUGUGACGAGGGUCUGAACUCGUUCAGGGAGGAGAACCGGGUCUUCUGUAAACUGCCAAAAAGGGUCAAAAGCUUUUUCACUGAUGGGUCUCUGGAGAGCCUGCGGGUGCAGGAGGAGGCCCGGUCCAAGCGCCACUCCACCUCCGAGCUGGGAACCAUCACCUUCAGCGACGUGCGGCGGGAGGGCUGGCUGCACUACAAGCAGAUCCUCACCGAGAAGGGCAAGAAAGUGGGCGGCGGCAUGCGUCCGUGGAAACGCGCCUUCUCCGUGCUGCGCUCCCAUUCGCUCUUCCUCUACAAAGACAAGCGGGAGGCGGUGCUCCACGGAGCGGGGGCGGGGCCGGGGGCGGGGCCCGGCCAGGACGAGCACCCGCCCAUCAGCAUCCGCGGCUGCCUGGUGGACAUCGCCUACAGCGAGACCAAGAGGAAGCACGCGCUGCGGCUGACCACGCAGGACUUCUGCGAGUACCUGCUGCAGGCCGAGGACCGCGACGACAUGCUGGCCUGGAUCAAGGUCAUCCGGGAGAACAGCAAGACGGACAACGAGGAGAUCGGCUCCUCCAGGCAGGCUCUCAUCAACAAGAAGCUCAACGACUACAGGAAGCACAGUCUGACAGGGACCAAGCCGGACUCCUCCCCCAGAGCCUCCCGGAUGAGCAUGAUGCCCCCCUUCCUGCUGGCGAAGACUGAGAACAGCACGGUGAACCGAGGGUCCAGAUGUGAUGAGAACAAGGCUCUGUGGGGCAUCAACAUCAUGAAGAAGACCAAGAAGGUGGACAGUCCCAAAGCUUUCGGGGUGCGGCUGGAGGACUGCCAGCCUGCCGUCCACCACAAGUUCGUGCCCCUGGUGGUGGAGAUGUGCUGUGGCGUGGUGGAGGCUUCGGGUCUGGAGUACACCGGGAUCUACCGCGUGCCGGGGAACAACGCCAUGGUGUCCAACCUGCAGGAGCAUCUCAACAAAGGCCUGGACAUCAACACGGCUGAGGAGAGGUGGCAAGACCUGAACGUGAUCAGCAGCCUGCUCAAAUCCUUCUUCAGGAAACUUCCGGAGCCUCUUUUUACGGACGAAAAGUACAACGACUUCAUUGCAGCAAACCGGAUGGAGGACGCAGAGGACAGACUGAAGACCAUGAAGAAGCUGAUCCAGAACCUGCCGGAUCAUUACCACCACACCCUGAGGUUCCUGGUGGAACACCUGAAGAAGGUGGCUGACCACGCAGAGAAGAACAAGAUGGAACCACGGAACCUGGCGCUGGUGUUUGGACCCACGCUGGUCAGAACGUCUGAGGACAACAUGACCGACAUGGUGACGCACAUGGCCGACCGCUACAAGAUCGUAGAGACGCUCAUCCUGCACUCUGACUGGUUCUUCGGUGAUGGAAAGCUGGAGAAUCAGGAGAAGACUCCGGAGGAUCAGCCGGACAUGCAGCCCGUUCCGAACAUCGACCACCUGCUGUCCAACAUCGGCAGAACCGGCGUUCCGGCAGAGUUCUCAGAUUCCACCACCAGCGAUUCACUUAAGUCGAAGUUUUCUUCAGGUUCCAGAAGAGACCUGAACGCCAGAGACUUCCUGCCCAAGUCCAUCAUCUCUGCUGUGACCCGCAAACGGAAGAAGCGCCUCAGUAACUACGUGCCGGGCAGCAGCGCCGACGAAGACUCCGAGCAUGAACCGGUCAAAGCUAGCAACUACCAAGGAGGAGGAGCAGCAGGAGGAGGAGGAGGAGGAGGGGAGGUAGAGGAAGAACAUGCAGCUCCUGCAGAGGACAGAGGGGACAAUGAGGCAAAGGGGGGGAAAGUUGGUGAAAGCAGAGAAGGCAGCGAGUCAUCGAUGGGCGAAGAGGUGAAGAAACAAACAGGAAGUAGUUUAAAGAGUCCCCAGAGAGACGGCCCCCAAAGACCACCAGAGGCCCCCCUCUACCCACACAGCUGCCUCUACUCUCAGCAGACACUCGGACCCCUCCCUGCAGCCCAGCCCCCCAGAGGACGCUCCACCAUCCCCGUCUGGAUCUCCCCCACCAGGCCCCCCAGUCUGUACCAGGCGGGUCGGCCGCAGCCGGACCGGGGCCCCCUGCAGCCGGACCGGGGCCCCCUGCAGCCGGACCGGGGCCCCCUGCAGCCGGACUGGGGCCCGCCUGUGGCGUUGCGCUCCAGGAAGGCUCGCAGCGGACGAGCUCGGGCGGUGUCCAUGAACCUGGACCUGAGCUACGAGUGGAGAACUGACAAGGUGGAGGUGGUCCGAGUCAUCGAGGCCGGGGGGCCUCGGCACUCCAUCCUGGGACCCGGGUCGCUGGUCCGUCUCUCUCAGGAGGCUCCUCACCUGUCCUCCCAGAGCCCCCGGGGGUCCUCCGCCGUAGUCCUGCGGAGAUCAACUCAAGACCCCCGAGACAAGACCAGAGCGUGGCGCCGCCACACGGUGCUGGUCUGACUGGACCGCUGGACAGGAAGUCCCUCCGUCAGGAGCUCCUCAAACUACUGCAGCUGGAGAGUUUCAUUCCACCCGGGGGUCCACCCGGGGGUCCACCUGGGGGUCCGCGGCCCCUCAGAGCCGCUCUACUGAGCUCCAUCAUGCUCUCAAAAAGGGGAAAGAGCUGAAAUGCUAAAAACAUCUAUGAAAUUGUUUCUAAAACCUGGAAUCCAAGAAAAAAGUUUGCUAAAAAGCAUUGAAAUGUUUAAAAAACAGAAACUAAAAUGGAUAGGAAAGUGGAAAAAAGUAUUGAAACUACUGAAUAAAACAACGACUUGAAUGUCUGGCUAACAGAAAACAGCAGAAGGAGCCCAGCCUGGACGGAGGUGUAGCUCAGAGGCGUCAUGCUAACUCUUACUGGACAAACUGAUCAACAGCAACAAUCCAGACCAACAAACAAGUUAUGAGUUUACACCAAGUGUUCACUGCUACAGCACUGCCCCCUUGUGGCAGAGAUGAAAAGACACAUUACCACCAGAGUCUAACAAAGAGCAGUGGAAUCAAUCAGUACUGAUCAAGAUAAGUGUUCCUCAUGUGAUCAGAAACACUACUUAAGUGAAUUUUCGAACAGCAGAACAAGAAAAAUACAAUCUGUAACAACAUGGACAAUUUUAACAUUUCAGUGAUCAGUCAAUAAAAUGAUGAGGAAAACAGUUUUAUCAGGAAACAGUCAGGAGCAGCUUUAGAGGAAGGUGUGAGAGAAUCCAGGAGACCCAGUGUCAGGAGGGGCCCUGAAGGCAUCAUGAUCCAUGGGUUGGAUAAAUGUGAAUCUCUUGUCAGUGAUUGGCUGGCUGCUGCUCUGACUGGACUCAGGAGAGCUUUUUCUCCAAAAAUUAUCUUUUUUUAAAAAAUAUAUAUUUUCAUAUUGUGCUGUGAAUUUAAACACACCAUGUUUUAAAUAAUUAAUUGAAUUAAAUAGAAAUCAAAUCCAGUGAGGGGCGGCGCCCUGUCGCCCGCUGCUUUAGCGAAAACUAACAAAUCCACUAAAAUUCAGCUAAUUCUGCUAAAACUGCCGUGAAAUGUGUCGCGUCUUCAGGCGGAUUCCUCCAGCGUGACGCGGCGAAAGCGUUUCUAAACCCGAAGGCGUGUUUGGAAUGAAACUCUUCAUUCGGCGGUUUUCUGAGCUCCUCAACGACUCACCAGCAAACAAUCAGCUGUUUGUCCUCCGCUCCUCCAAAGAUGCCAACAUUCCCACGGACGACAACCGCGCAUGCGAGAAGGAAUAUGCAAACCCCAGUGUGUGUGUGUGUGUGUGUGUGUGUGUGUGUGUGAGAUAAAGGCAGCUACUUGAUGUCAUGCCAAAACCUGGAUGUGUGUGUGUCGUCGUACCGCGUCAGUAUCAAACUCCUUCACUCUGAAAGCCGCUGGAUGGAAACCCUUCCUCCAAACACCGAGGCCUGACCCCGUCCCUGGACCUCCAGCCGUUCAGACACGGUCAAGCGAGCCUCCGUUAUCCAAUCAGUGGACCAAAACCUGCUAGUUUUAUUGAAAUCCUGCUGUCAAGCUUUUGUCGGUCAUCGAGCCGGCCAGCCGUGGUCCACGGGCCUCAUGUUUGACAGCGUUUUUGGGGGAUGGAACCCGUCCGUUGCUUUCAGAGUGUCUGCAGUGCUGUCGGUGAACGAGGUCCUCGCAGUGUUAACCCCGUCAUAUUUAUUUCUCCAGACGUUUAGUUUUGUAAAAGGAACCAAAAGGGAUGUGAACCAAACUGUCCUGCCAAGCCACUGUGGUCCCAGCCCGUCUUCUUCUGACCCACAAUCCUCUCUGCUCCACUCAGCGCAUGUGUGUUCUCCCUGCUGUGGACCAAGUCUGUAACAGCUGUACAAAGCCUUGAUAAGUUAA